UUCAGUCAACCGCGAGCAUUUGUUCAAUUCGGAAGAUUCUUUAUAGGGAAGGGAGUGCGCGCGUGCCUUGAGAACGUGUAUUGCGUGUGAUAAGGAGAGCGCUUUGGAGCGUUCCAAUUAUUGUAAUCAACCUUUGCAGCGCAUGAUAUCAUCAUCAAAAUCAUCAUCGUAAUCGGCACCCCGUCACAACACAUCGAUGAUGGAAUUAAUGCUGCUGGUCGCACUGGUCGUGCUGAUCGUUUCGUGCGCGAUAAGAUACGCACUGCACCGUCCAUCGGAACGGUUUCCGCCGGGACCGCCGAGGCUGCCCCUGCUCGGUAGCUACCCGUUUCUGCUCGCCCUCAACUACCACCAUCUGCAUCGGGCCGCCGCCCGCCUAUCCCAGCUGUACCGGAGCAAGCUGGUCGGGCUGUACCUUGGGCCGCUGCCCGCCGUGCUCGUGAACGAUCACGAAACCGUCCGGCAGGUGCUGCAGCGCAGCGAGUUCGACGGUCGGCCGGACCUGUUUCUGGCCCGUCUGCGGGAUGAACGGUACGCGCGAAGAGGCAUUUUCUUCACCGACGGUGACAGCUGGCGCGAGCAGCGCAAGUUUUUCCUCAAAACCUUGCACGAGUACGGGUUCGGCAGACGGAGUGACGCCGUGGAGCAAGAUCUGGUGGCCGGUCUGGCGGAACUGAUUGCUCUGCUGAAGGACGGCCCCGUGCACGAGCACGAGCGGGCAGUGGUGGACGCGUCGACCGGAAGCGCCCUCUGUCCGCAGGUGUUUUUUGCCCUGUUUUCCAACGUGAUGCUGCGCAUGCUAACCGCAACGCGUCUGGAGCGUGAAGAUCAGGCCGUGCUGUACGACGUUGGGCACUGUUCGCUCGCUUUCCAUCGGCAAGGGGACGAUUAUGGGCUGGCGCUCAGUUACAUCCCCUGGAUAAGGCACGUGCUGCCCGGCCCUAGCCGGUAUCGUCUGCUGAGGGAGGUGAACCAGAAGGCGAACGGGGUGAUCCGUUCGCUGGUGGAACAGUGCGAGCAAACGUACAGCGAGGAUGACCAGCGGUGCUUCAUCGACGCUUACAUACGGGAGUUGCGCCGCACUGGCAGCAAGGCAACGAGCGGAAGUGAUGCGUUUGCGUUUGAGUACGAUCAACUCAUUAUCGGCUGUGCCGACUUUCUCGUGCCGGCCUUCUCCGCCAUACCGGCCAAACUCGGCCUUAUGCUCGAGCGGCUCGUGGCCCACCCUGCCGUGGCGGAGAAAAUGUACACCGAAAUCGAGCAGUACGUCGGGCAGGCACGGUUCCCCGGGCUGGACGAUCGUACCCAUCUGCCAUACUGUGAGGCGGUCGUGCGGGAAGCUCUGCGCAUCGAUACACUCGUCCCGUCCGGCAUUCCGCACGUCGCCACGGCCGAUACGGAGCUGGCCGGGUUUAAAAUCCCCAAAGGCACACUCAUCAUUAACGGGCUCGACUACAUCAACCACCAGGAGGAUGUGUUUCCCGAACCGCACACCUUCCGGCCGGAGCGCUUCCUUAGCGAAGACGGGCAGCAGCAGCUAGCGCUCGAGCACGAUCGUUCCGUACCGUUCGGGGCCGGGAAGCGUGUCUGCGCCGGGGAAAGCUUUGCGCGCAAUGCAAUCUUCCUUACGCUCACCACGCUGGUGCAGCAAUUUACCUUCAGCAUGGAAGGAGGCCGCACGCCCGAUCCGGAGCAGCAUCUGACCGGUGUGAUCCGCACGGCGCCCGAUUUUAGAAUUAAGUUUACCGCCCGCUAGAAAUGGGAAUUGUGGUGUUUGAUUUGUGUGCUUUUUUACUGCAAUUACUUACACUAACUUUGCACUACUUCACACUCACCUGUGUUCACGCGCAGGUGGGGUUCGAUUAGGUUUUUUGUGUUUUAAUUGUCUGUUUGUCGUCUGGUGUGCGCUUGAUUCGCGAUAAACAUAGUAGCUGUAACUUGGCAAAUACUCGAACCAAUGCAAAUAAAAUCUCUAUAUCGAUAUUUACACACACA